GCUGGCUGGUAACAGGAGAAAGCUGCCUCUCCCUCUAGCCAUCAAUCAGCUGCCUCUCUGUAGGCUAAAGCCAGGUAGGAGACUAGAAGGACAGGCUGGGUGUAUACUGCAACACAGUGGAGUACAGAGUUGCUACGUUUGAGAGUCGGUUUACAUAGUCAGUGCAAAUACCGUGUGGAGUAGAGAGGAGCUCAGUGGGAGUGGGAGAGACGCUUAACCACUCCAGGCCAUGAACAUGGAGCAUCGGAGGUUCUCCCUCGACAGCUCAGUGUCCCUGAAGAAUGGUGGUGGAGGAGGUAGUCUGGGCCCUAGGAGAGGCAGCCGCAGUAAGAAGAACAAAGAGAAGUGGAAGAGUCUAGAGGAGGCCCAGCUGGAGAUCCAGGAGCUGGGACACAGCCUGAACAGGAGCAACUCUCUCAGGUCAGAGACCAUAGAGGAGGAGAGCUGCCACCCGCCUGAUGGCGCAGUUGCCAAAAAUAGUUUUGUGAAAUACAACAAAACCUUCCACAAAUUAUUCCGAGACAUUCCUACAGAGGAGAAACUAACUCAUGUGUUCACCUGUGCCCUGCAGAAGGAGGUGUUGUAUCAUGGGAAGCUAUUUGUGUCUGUCAACUACGUAUGUUUUUACUCUUCCGUACUCCUCAAGGACACCAAGGUUGAGGUCCAUGUGUCCAGCGUAAAGGAAGUGAAGAAGCAGAACUCAGCCCUGUCUAUGCUCUCCAUCCGUACUACUGAUGGAAACAAGUAUUCGUUUGUGUCUUUGCGGAACCGGAGAGUGUGUUAUGAAAUCCUGCAGUCUGUGUGUUCACAAGCACAGCUGGGGGAGCAGGUGGAGAAUGGCAACAGCAGUCCCCACUUCUCAGGAGAGAAUGGCGUUGAUGGCGUGGAUCCGUACAUAGACACAAUCUCCAGCAAUUCCAGCCGGGAGGACAGUGUGGAGCGGAGCCUUCCCAUAGAGGCCGUCUACUCUGACCUGCCCAGCAGCGCUGACUCGUGGGUUUGGAUCGUCACUGAAAGGGUUAAAACACUCCUCCUUAUCAGAGAUAUGCGCAACCUCAAUGUCCUCCUAUCCAUCUGUCUGUUUCUGUGAGUACUCCUCUCUUCUCCGUCC